CUGACAGUUAUUAAAAAAAUGUGCGAAAGUAGGUGCGCGGUAUUAUUUUGAUUUUAUAAUUUUAAAUUCUGAAACUUGACAAAGCGGCUACUGCUUAAUAAGAAUGUUAACAAAAUGCUAUGUGAGAUAAUUCAUUUGUGCGAUUCAUGUACGUAUUUUUGCCGUUGAGCGAAUUGUAAAUGUUACAAAAGGCAGUGACGGCGGGAUAUGCGGGUGCACCUAAAGCCCUGCAGAGCUGUACAGCGCCCCAGUUGGAUCGAACGAUUGCGUAGUCGACGAAGAACCGUAGCCUCCCAAGGCUUUAUUCAUAUAUUUUGACAUGGCGUUCGCAGUGUUCAAGUAUUAAAACAAGAGAACGACGAGGAAUAAGCGAAUGUCAUUUGCUGAAGAAUAAACUCGAAGAGGAAAAAUAUUUGGAUGUGUUGUUCUCAAGAUGGAUGAUUCGUUUAUUAUCGCCAAUUUCCACGCGCUCUGUCGACUUUGCCUUAACAAAAGUAGCCUCACUACCUCUAUUUUCAAUACUUCUGAUGAUGAGGCUAAUAUGUCUCUAACCUCGAAAAUCGCUGAAUGCUUUGAACUACAGGUAGAUCCCAAUGAUGGUCUCCCUGCCAGAAUAUGCUAUAAAUGUUUGUUUAAACUGAAUAAAUGUUCGAAAUUCAGAUCACAGUGCAUUCAAAGUGAAGCUCGAUUAAGGCAGAUAACAAACAGUGUCAAUGAGUUGGAAAAUUCAAAUUCAUCUGAGCUCAGUGCUUUUAAUUAUAGUAACAUUCAAGAACAAAAACCUAAACCAGAAGACUAUAUUGUGGAAGAUAGCGUUGUUAUGGUUGUGGAUCCCAGCCUUGAUUAUGACUCUUCUGAAGAGUCUGAAAAUGUGGAUCAAACUGAAGUUGAAACAGUUGAAAGAAAUAAUACACCUGAUGGUGAAACAAACUCUGAAUCAUUUUACAAAAACGUUUUUAUGUGCAAGUACUGUGACCAAGCUUUUGUUUCGCAGGAAAAAUGUAAAGAACAUGAGCAUGGUUUCCAUGAUCCUAACCUACCCUACAAAUGUGUUGAAUGCAGUUUGGUAUUUGCUGAACGAAGCCAGUAUGUUGCCCACACUAAGCAUGUGCACGGAAGUGACAAACCGUACCAUUGUCCAGAGUGUGAUAAAUGCUUUGGUAGGAGGUCAGAUUUACGUAAACAUUCAAUUGUGCACACAGGUGUAAGACCUUUCCAAUGCCAAUAUUGUUUGAAAAGUUUCUCUCGUAAUACUAAUUUGAGUAAACAUCUGAGAAUUCAUGCAGGGCAUAAGCCCCAUGUGUGUCCUCUUUGCCCUCGUAGCUUUGUAGCAAAAGGAGAUUUACAGCGUCAUGUAUUAGUUCAUUCUGGAAUGAAACCAUAUUCUUGUCGAAAAUGUCCACUUACAUUUGGUCGUAGAGACAAGCUUAUUAAACAUGAAGUUAAACAUGGGCAUGGUACUGAACAUAAAGAAUAUGAAAAUGACCAAGAAACACAUGACAUGGUAGUUAGUGUAAAUCCAUUUAAUAACCUAAUGACUUCACCUACACAACAUAACUCAGGCAGCACAAACAUUAAUAAUGAUUAUGAUCUGCCCAGAGUACCAGAUCACAUUGCUGGUGAGGGAAGCUUCAUAAGCCAAAUGCAAAAGAAUCCAUCCACUUCUGGUAAACGAACACAAAAUUCUCCAUCCAAACAAAAAGUUACAACUCCCAUUAAGAACAGACCUAAGAAUAUUAAAUGUCAUCAAUGCCCUAAAAGAUUUGCUUCAUUAGAUGCUUACAAAACUCAUGUCUCUAUAGCACAUAUUGGUUCAAGAGUAUUCCAAUGUAAAAUCUGUUUCAAGAAGUUCUCUAGGAAAAGGGAACUCGAUCGACAUGUUACAAUACACUCUGGUAUGAAGCCAUUUAGUUGCAGUCAGUGUGAUAAAAAGUUUGUCAAAAAGGAUAAAUUAGACAAACAUGAACAGAUGCAUGAAUGUUUGGUUGUAAACAUGCCUUGUAUAGAAUGUGGUGCCACUUUUGAAAAGAAAGCUGACCUAGUGGCGCACAUUAAAUCCCACUUCACUGAUAAUUUUGAUGAUAAAAUCCCUGACACUGAAAUUAAAAAAGAAAAUGAGCCAGAGUUUGCUAUGGAUGAUAAUUUUUAUGAUGAUACCUGAGAUUUAAGACUUGACAUUGAACAAAUGUCAUAAAAAUAAAUAUUUAAUGUACAUAUUUUAUGGUUGGAACUCUAUGAACUUACAUUUUAAUUGCUUCUCAUACUUUAAUCAGUAUUCUAAAUUAUUGUAAUCUUGUUAAAUAAUGUAAUAUGCACUUCUCUCAUCAUGUACUUAUAGAAUUUAAAGCACUAUAAAAAUAGUUUUUAGUAUAGUUAUUAUUAAUUAUAAAAUUAAUAUCACUGUAUGAAACAGUAUCAUUACAAUUAUGUUAACAAGAGAUUAAUAUAAGUUACUACUAGUUAUAUAGUAGUUCAUACCAAAAAUAGAAUAUCUAUCAGAAAUCUUGAUGUUUUAAAGCGUGUCUGGACAAAGCAGUAUUGGUUAAACAAUAAUUAUAAUUGACCUUAUCUGCUGCAUGAAUGGUUAUCAAGAAUGGUGUAUGUUAUUUAUUUGUAGCAAUUAAUUGUUACCAUUUAUUUUUUAUAAAUUAUAUUCAUACAUAAUAUUGUAAUGUCUGAUGAAGUUGUUUAUGAGCAAUAAUUAGUAAUUAAACAUCCGUGAUUUAAAAGUUUGAAUCUAAAUAAAGAAAACCAAAUAUUGUUA